UCCUUUUUACUCCAUAUUUUUUUCUCAAAAUUCUUAUUUGUCAUAGUUAUUUGUGAAAUUGUUCAGACCUAUUUUUUUGUGGAUCCCUUUUCUCGGUUUUACCUCAGUUUCACUCAACUUGCAGAAUACCUUACCGUUUUGUUGACAGACAAACUCCAUUGCUGUUAAAAUUCAAAAUUUCGGACUCUGGAAAUUCAAAUUGUCGCUGGGACUUUUACUUGAGCUUUUUUCUUGCAAAUGUGAAACUCUUAUGGCCUAUGGUCGGUCAGGGUUUUGGCAGAACCUCGUGGCCAAAUUUCGAGUUUUUGGUGAUUGCCCUUUUAGUUAACAACCUUAAAGCCUUUAGAAAGGAUACAUGGCUCUUCAGAAAUACGUCCCAGGUGGUGAUGCGCCUUUGGUGAUUAAGAAGUCAUUGAGUUUUUCCAGCAAAGCAAAUGUAAAAGCUCAAUCUGGAGAUUCACAAACACGAACAACAGAAGCUGAUGUAGAUGUUGACUUCAGGGAGAUCUAUUUUUUGAUCAUGCAUUUUCUAUCAGCUGGACCUUGUCAGAGGACUUGUGGACAGCUCUGGAAUGAACUUCUUGAGCACCAACUUUUACCUAGAAGAUAUCAUGCAUGGUAUUCUAGGAAUGGAGCGCAUAGUGGAGAUGCAGAUGAUGAUGGAUUGUCUUUCCCUUUGAGUUAUAUUAAGUUGGUGGAGAGGUACCCUCACGUUGAAAAGGACCAUUUGGUUAAGCUUUUGAAGCAACUAAUCCUCAAUGCUGCAUCUCCUGCUCAUGGGGUGGUUGACAGAAAUGCUAUAAACGCAGCUGCUGUCCCUACUCUCUUGGGAACCAGUUGCUUUUCACUUCUGAGCAGUGAACAAAAUAAGGCAAAUGAUGAAGUAAAUCAUCCCCCAAGUUACAUGCGUUGGCCUCACAUGUUGGCUGAUCAAGUUCAUGGACUAAGUCUAAGGGAAAUUGGUGGUGGUUUUUCCAGACACCACCGUGCACCCUCUAUUCGUGCAGCUUGUUAUGCGAUUGCAAAACCAUCCACCAUGGUGCAGAAGAUGCAAAAUAUUAAAAGAGUUAGAGGACACCGUUAUGCUGUUUAUUGCGCCAUUUUUGACCGGUCUGGGAGAUUUGUCAUUACUGGCUCAGAUGAUCGACUUGUUAAAAUUUGGUCAAUGGAAACUGCAUAUUGCUUGGCCAGCUGCCGAGGACAUGAAGGUGACAUCACUGACCUCGCUGUGAACUUCAACAACACUGUGAUAGCUUCUGCGUCAAAUGAUUGCAUCAUACGUGUUUGGAGGUUGAAUGAUGGCUGUCCAAUAUCAGUUUUGAGAGGUCAUACCGGAGCUGUUACUGCUAUUGCCUUUGGUCCAAGACCUGGCGCCUUCUUUCAGCUUUUAUCGUCCUCUGAUGAUGGAACGUGUCGUAUUUGGGAUGCUAGAUGCCCAAACCCCAAAAGUACUCGUGUAUAUGUGCCAAAACCUUCAGAUCCUGCUCCUGGAAAGAACAAUGGUCCUUCAUCAAGCAGUGCCCAACAAAGCCAUCAGAUCUUCUGUUGUGCUUUCAACUCUAGUGGAACUGUUUUUGUUACUGGAAGCUCAGACACUCUUGCAAGGGUUUGGAAUGCUUGCAAGGGCAAUGCAGAGGAGUCAGGACUACCUAAUCAUGAGAUGGAUGUUUUAGCUGGACAUGAGAAUGAUGUAAACUAUGUCCAAUUUAGUGGCUGUGCUGUGACAUCUAGAUUUUCAGUCUCUGAUACUUCAAAAGAAGAAAACAUCCCAAAAUUCAAAAACACUUGGUAUAACCAGGACAACAUCGUCACCUGCUCUCGCGAUGGCAGUGCUAUCAUAUGGAUUCCAAGAUCUCGUAGAUCACAUGGUAAAAUUGGCCGAUGGACACGGGCAUAUCAUCUUAAAGUUCCGCCACCACCUAUGCCACCUCAACCACCGAGGGGAGGUCCUCGUCAAAGAGUUCUUCCAACUCCUCGUGGUGUUAAUAUGAUAGUCUGGAGUUUGGACAAUCGGUUUGUCCUCGCUGCUAUCAUGGAUUGCAGAAUAUGUGUCUGGAAUGCUGCUGACGGUAGCUUAGUACAUUCUUUGACAGGCCACACUGAAUCAACUUAUGUUUUAGACGUUCAUCCUUUUAACCCUCGAAUAGCAAUGAGUGCGGGAUAUGAUGGGAAAACGAUUGUCUGGGAUAUAUGGGAAGGCACACCUGUUCGUACUUAUGAAAUUGGACGCUUUAAGCUGGUUGAUGGAAAAUUUUCUCCGGAUGGAACAUCAAUUAUUCUCUCUGAUGAUGUUGGCCAACUGUAUAUACUCAGCACUGGGCAGGGAGAAUCCCAAAUGGAUGCCAAAUAUGAUCAGUUCUUCUUAGGGGACUAUCGACCACUUAUUCAAGAUACACAUGGAAAUGUUCUUGACCAGGAAACUCAGCUUUUACCUUACCGAAGGAAUAUGCAAGAUCUUCUUUGUGAUUCAGCCUUGCUUCCGUAUCCUGAGCCUUAUCAGAGCAUGUACCAACAACGGCGGCAUGGAAUCUUGGGCAUUGAAUGGCGCCCUUCUUCUGUAAAAUUUGCUGUUGGAGCUGAUAUCAGCCUGGACCAAGAUUACCAAAUGCUUCCCAUAGCAGACUUGGACGUUUUGAUUGAUCCACUUCCAGAGUUUCUAGAUGUUAGGGAUUGGGAACCAGAAAUUGAGAUACAAAGUGAUGAUACUGAUUCAGAGUAUCAUAUAACUGAGGAAAUCUCUUCUGGAGGGGAACAAGGAAGCUUAAUUUCUGUUUCUUCUGGUGACCUAGAGAGUAGUGGAGAUGACAGUGAGGCUGAGGAUUCCCAUAAGGAUGGCCUUCGAAGGUCAAAAAGGAAAAAACAGAAGGCCGAAAUUGAGGUCACUACAUCUUCUGGAAGACGUGUUAAGAGGAAGAAUCUGGAUGAAUAUGGUGAUAGUUCCCUUGUAAUUAGUCGUAGUAGAAAAUCAAAACUUGGUCGUAAAGUCUCAAGGAAAAGGUCAUCGUUAUCUAAGUCUUUACGACCUCAGAGAGCUGCUGCCAGGAAUGCUCUUCAUUUAUUCUCCCGAAUUACAGGAACAUCAACAGAUUUAGAAGAAGAAUAUACCACCGAAGGUGAUUCAUCAGGAACUGAAACCAUACUUGAUGAUUCAAGCAUUGUCAGUGAAGACUCGGAUUUAUCUUUGCAAAAUGAAGGAGGAGAGAACUUGAAAGGAAAACAAAUUUCUGUCGAUCAGUCUGAGGAUUUGGAUAAACGUGAUCUCCGGUCAAAGCUUAAUCUAGAUGCUGGAGCUAAGAGAAGAUUAGUGUUAAAAUUGCCAAACCGUGAUGCAAGUAAAUUUUUAACUCCAAAAUAUGGUGUCCCUGAAUCUGAAAGCCAGCGUGUUUGUGCAGGCCCAUCAUCUACAGCUCCUACACCUGCAGAUGAGGGGAAAAGUUUUACACACGAUCACAAGUACCCUGUUAGUGAUGGACAUGGCAGUGAAAUGGAUAAAAGCCAUACAGGCCAACCUGCAAAGGUUCAACAUUGUUUAGACUUGCUUGAAGGGUGCAAAGAAAGCAAUAUUGGUUGGGGAGGGGUAAAGACUCGCACUUCUAAACGUUCAAGGAUGGGUGAAUCAAUGUCUUCAGUUGCACAUGCUGGAUCUAUUCCAUUUCUUGAUGGACACGACAAGACAGAAAAUGCUGGUACCGUGCACACUGGGAAUGAAGUGGAAACAAUUUCAUCUGCUUCUGCCUUCCAAAGCGGAGGUAAGGCUGAUGAAAUGAUUGAAAUAAACAAGGAUGAAGUUAGUGCCAGCAUUCUUAAUAAUUCUGAAGCUAGGAAUAUCGAUUCAAAUUCAUGUUUGAUUGACUCAAAGGACAUUGAAAAAUCAUCAUCUAAGCAGGUGAUUGAUGGUAGAACUGGACUUUCCAUUCAACUUACUAAUGGGAAAGAUGACAGUUUUAAAUUGCUAGAGAAACCUGUCACAAUGCCAACAAAGCUGCGCAUUAAGUCAAGAAUCUUUACUAGUGAUCAUGAAAGCUCUGGAAAGAUAGAGGGUCAAUCAUCAUUUGAGGGUUCUGGGCACAAUUCCUGUUGCAUGUCUGAAAGUUCAGACGUUAGGAAGAACUCAAGUUCUGGCCCUCUUGUCAAUGAAGAGACCAGACUACCUAAUUCAGAAAAUGGAAGCCAUGAUCAGGUUGGUAGGUCUUCCAAUUCUGUGUUGCUGGACUUGCAUCAGUUGCCUCCUCAAAAUAGGAUGUUCAGUGCUGUUUAUCGAAGGUCAAAGUCUCUGAGGGGUAGAAGUAAUCAAGAACAUGACAACGGAAAUGGAGCCAGUACUUCAGCCGGAGAAGAUCAUAAUUUACAUGAUGAAAACGAAGCACUGACUGAAGGUGUCAGGAGGCCAAGGUCCAUUAGAUUGAGGUCAUCAGCUGCAGAUGAUCUUAGCACAGAUGACGGAAAUCUUUUGCAAAUUGAAGGGGUCAGAAAGGCAAGGUCCAUCAGAUUGAGGUCAACUGCUCGUGAUUCAAACUUUUCAGGCAGCAAGAGUAAAAUUAAGGAAGCCCAUGGUGCUUCAUCAAAUACUCCACCUUUUGCAGAAAAUUCUUCAGUGAAUCGAGAUGAUAACUCUUAUGAAGAACAAGGAAUGGGUGCAAAGGUUCCUGUUAUGGGAUUAAGAUCGACCAGAAACAGAAGAAGUAGUUAUUAUGAUCGUGAAGCUAGUCCACCAGAUAAAAGGAAACCAAUUCAAUCAACAAGAAGUUCAUGGUUAUUGUUGUCAACACAUGAGGAGGGCUUCCGGUAUAUUCCCCAGCAAGCGGAUGAUGUUGUGUAUUUGAGACAGGGGCACCAAGAGUACAUAGCUUACAGCCAUUUAAAGGAUUUGGGCCCUUGGAGUACACUCAAAGGCCACAUCAGAGCUGUGGAGUUUUGCAAGGUUGAAGAGCUCGAGUACUCAACAAUUGGUGGUUCUGGCGAGAGCUGCUGUAAAAUAUUACUUAAAUUUGUAGAUCCGGAAUCUAGUGUAGUUGGUAAAUCGUUUAGACUGGUUUUGCCUGAAGUGACUAGCUUCCCUGACUUUCUUGUUGAGAGAAGUAGAUAUGAUGCUGCCAUUUCGAGAAAGUGGACUUCUCGGGAUAAAUGCCAAGUUUGGUGGAAAAAUGAGGGUGAGGAAGAUGGUAGUUGGUGGGAAGGCCGGAUUUUGACUGUAAAACCUAAAUCUCCUGACUUUCCAGACAGUCCAUGGGAAAGGUAUGUGGUUCAGUACAAAAGUGAUCCCAGGGAAACACAUCAACAUAGUCCUUGGGAACUGUAUGAUGCUGAUACACAUUGGGAGCAGCCUCAUAUUGAUGUAGAUAUUAGAGACAAGCUGCUCACUGCUUUUGCCAAGCUGGAGCGAUCUGUGAUUAAGAAUCGGGACUACUAUGGGGUGCAAAAAUUGAGAGAAGUUUCUCAAAAAGCCAGUUUUAUUAACAGGUUCCCAGUUCCGUUGUCUCUUGAAGUGAUCCAGAGUAGAUUAGAGAACAACUAUUAUAGAAGUUUAGAUGCAAUGAAGCAUGAUGUUAAAGUACUGCUGUCAAAUGCCGAGUCCUAUUUCGGAAGAAAUGCUGAUGGUUUAGCAAAAGUUAGACGUUUGUCUGACUGGUUCACACGGAUACUGUGCUGAUUGUAGUUUUUGGGGACACAAUUUUGUAGAAAAUUCAUCUGACAUUAGGCUUUUAGGCCAAGCUGGUCAUCUUGUAUAUAUACAUUCCUCUUUCAGUUUAUGAUUUGCUCUCCUUCAUUUCGUUGGCUAGGAUAGGGCAGCUCCAGCUAAAGAGAAAAUUGGUUUGCCUUUAUAUGGUUGAUUGUUUAGGGGAAACUAAUUUAGGAAUCUAUAAUUUGCUGGUUGUUGGAAUGCUUCUUCCAACGCAUGCAUUUUUGUAUGUUUUUGACAUUGAGAAUUGGCAUCAAUUGGUACAAUAUUUUUAACGUUUCUCUA